ACGGGAAUGGUGGUGUGGUUUGUCGUCCUUUGUGAAAGCCGGACGUUGGUGGGACGGGAUCGGGAGCGGGAGGGGGUCCUCACCCCAUGGGACGGGGAGUCAGGACGGAUAAUUCUCUGCGGAGCGGUACCAACAAUUUCCCUUCGUUAGAUCUGUGGUGAGAGAUUUAUUGGAAGAGAAACCCCAACUGCAGGCAAACCACGGCCGAAGACGAGGGAACAGCAACAUGCGAACCAGCCCAAGGACUGACAGCGUCAACUGGAGAGAACAACUCUGAAUCCCAUUGAUUCAGUCAGGAGAAAGUUUGAGAAACAACCGAGGACAGUGCUGACUUCUCAGUGGGAGAUGAACCCAGAUUCUACAGAAUUGAGGCAAAGCGGCAUCAACUUCAUCGACUCUGUACAGAUUACAAAGGUUUGCUGUCUUAAGGCAAAUUAGCAUGGAUAAAGCACCAGCUCCUGACAAGUUUUUCCCUAGGACCCUGCAGAAGAUAAGUGCAGAACUCGCUGGGGCCCAAGCACAGAUAUUUAAAUCAUCUUGAAUGACAGGUAAAAAACGAGAAGGAAUUUGUCUCCGGGAAUCUGGAACACGACAUGCCAGUUUUGCUGUCGCUGUCUAGAUAUUUUAAAAGUGUAGCAAGGAAUUCAAUCGACCAUUCUUCCUGCUCAGACUGUGGGGAGGGAUUCACUCAAUCAUCUGACAUAUUAGCACGCCCGUCAUUUUUCACAGGGGAGGACGUUCAACUGCUCAGACAGUGGGAGGGGAUUCACUCAGUCAUCUCAACUGAAGGUACAUCAGCAAGUUCACACUGGACAAGACCAUUCACCUGUUCUGUGGGUGAGAAGGAAUUAAGUUGGGCAUCCCACCUAUGAACACACCAAUCAGUUCACACUGGGCAGAGGCUGGUCAUCUGCUGAAUUUGUGGGCAAGGAUUCACUCGGUCAUCUGAACAAAUGGCUCACCAGCGAGUUCACACCAGGGAGCAGCCAUUCUUCUGCCUCGACUGUGGGAAGGGAUUCACUCAGGCAUCUCACAUACUGAGACACCAGUCAGUUCACACUGCAGAGAGGGAUUUCACCUGCUCAGAUUGUGGGAAGAGAUUCCCUCACUCUUCCACUCUACAGAGACACCAGUCAGUUCACACUGGGGAGAGGCCAUUCACCUGCUCAGACUGUGGGAAGAGAUUCACUCAAUCAUCCAACCUACAGAGUCACCAGCGAAUUCACACUGGGGAGAGGCCAUUCACCUGCUCAGACUGUGGGAAAGGAUUCACUUUGUCAUCUCACCUCAUGACACACCAGUCAGUUCACACUGGGGAAAGGCCGUUCACCUGCUCAAUCUGUGGGAAGAGAUUUACUCAGUCAUCCACCCUACAGAGACACCAGCGAGUUCACACUGGGGAGAAGCCAUUCACCUGCUCAGAGUGUGGGAAGAGAUUCACUCAGUCAUCCACCCUACAGAGACACCAGUCAGUUCACACUAGGGAGAGGGAUUUCACCUGCUCAGUCUGUGGGAAGAGAUUCCCUCUCUCUUCUACACUACAGAGACACCAGCGAGUUCACACUGGGGAGAGGCCAUUCACCUGCUCAGACUGUGGGAAAAGAUUCACUUCAUCAUCUCACCUACUGACGCACCAGUCCAUUCACACCGGGGAGAGGCCGUUCAACUGCUCAAUCUGUGGGAAGAGAUUCACUCAGUCAUCCACCCUACAGAGUCACCAGAGAGCUCAUGCUGGGGAGAAGCCGUUCACCUGCUCAGACUGUGGGAAGAAAUUCACCCAGUCGUCCACCCUACAGAGUCACCAACGAGUUCACACUGGGGAGAAGCCGUUCACCUGCUCAGUCUGUGGGAAGAGAUUCACUCAGUCAUCCAACCUACAGAGUCACCAGCGAGUUCAUACUGGGGAGAAGCCGUUCACCUGCUCAGAAUGUGGGAGGGCAUUCACUCAGUCAUCGAACUUACAGAGACACCAGUCAGUUCACAAUGGGGAGAAGCCAUUCAUCUGUUCAGAAUGUGGGAAGGGAUUCACGGACUCAUCCCAACUACUGGCACACAAGUCAGUUCACAUGGGAGAGGCCGUGCACCUGCUGUGAAUGUGGAAAAGGAUUCAUGCAGUCACAUCAUCUACAGAGACACCAACAAGUUCACACUGGGGGAGACUGUGGAAAGGGAUUCACCUGAUCAUCUGACCUGUUGGCACACUAGUCAGUUCACAGUGGGGAGUGGCGGUUCACUGUCCAGAAUGUGGGAAGGGAUUAUCUUGGUCAUCUGAUCUGCUGGUACACCAGUCAGUUCACAUUGGGGAUAGGCCAGUCAUCUGCUGUGAAUGUGGGGAGGGAUUCACUCAGUAAUCUAACCUUGUAGCACACUACUGGGUUCACUCUGGGGAGAAAGUUUCAAUAAGAUGCAAUAUUUGUCCAACACCAUUGCGGAAUGCAAUUUCGAGAGAGACUAUCGUUGCUGAAUUCUGCAAUUAUUGCUGAUGCUCACCACACCCAGUUCUGCAGUCUGGUUACUGGGCAUGGGAGGAGUUUCUUCUGCUGCAUAUUCGCCUUUUAAAGGGACUUGAGUUUAAUAUUUUGGAUCUGAGACAAAUAAAUCAGUUCUAUUUUGAA